UGUAUUUGAAAAUGUGACUACAAUACAUUAACUUGCUCCUGAAUGAUUAGAUAUUGAAGGUACUGAAAUAUAUAAACCAAACUUUAGCUCUGUGUCUGUGCCCAAGAGUUUCACUAACGUUUGUUACUAUUUUUAGUAGGAGGCUUCACAGUUCAGGCGCAAGGAGGCUUUAUCACUUCCAAGACAAUUACAGAGUUGCAUUCUCAUCUGAGAAGUCGAAGGAGGAGGGUCCCAUUUCUAUGCCAGGAAAUGGGGUGGGAGAGGCAGUGAGCCCUUAAGCCUUCCUCAGUUCGCCCAACAGUAAACCCCUAGACAUCUACUUUAGGCGCCUUCUUCCUUCCAAGACCUCUGUGAGCUGAUCAAUGUUCGUCCCAUUUACAGACUAAGAGAACCAGACCACUGCCUUGGGUUCAAGCAUGGCUGUGAGGGCAGAUGGGCAGUACUGAAGACCCAGCCUGGCUCCAGCUGCUUCAGACGGACUCCAGCCUCCCAAGACGCCUCUGCUGCCCACAGGAUGGAAGCCUGGGCACUGAAGGCCCGGCCAUGAGGGACUGCUGCUCCCCAACAAAGGCCAGCCCUACACCCACAAGGCAUCCCCUUGACCAAAGCCUAGGCAUGGACUCUCGACACAGCAGCCCCAGCGGAGCUGGGGAAGGGGCCUCCUGCUCUGAGAGCCCUGCUGGGAGCUUAGCCUGCCCCUCUCCUACCUGCACCUCUCCCCCAGGGGCAACUACCAAGGAGACAGUCAGGGCACAUGGAGCUUUGAUCUCAGGAACCUCAGAAACCACCUUGUCUGGGAAGCCUGAGCCUGUGUCCUCAGCAAAAGCUGUUUCUCUAUCCUCAGAGAACAAAAAUCCUACAUUCUUAGAGAAGAUAGAUUCCAACCCCUUAAAGCAAGCAGAUUCUACUUCCACAGGAAUGGAAGGGGCUGGGUCCUUGAGGAAGGAAGAUCCCAUGCUAACAGAAAAGGCAGAGCCUGCAGUCUGUGGAAAGGGGGAGCCUGUGGCUAUUGGGAGGAUAGAUCUCAUGACUCCAAAGAAAGGCGAUCCUGGGUCCUUGGGAAGAGUAGAUCCAGUGCACUCCAGCAAGAUGGAUACAGUAUUCCUAACAAAGGAGGAGCCCAAGUGUUCCAGAAAAGAGCACCCUAUAUCCUUAGAAAUGGUAGGCCCUGUAUCCACAGGAGAGGGGGAUCUUAUUUCCUUGGGAAAGAAAGAUACUGAGCCCUCAGGAAAGACAGAGCCUGUGUCCUUGGAAGGCACAGAUUCUGCAUCCACAAAAAAGACAGUGCCUGGGUUUUUGGGAAAGCUAACUCCAGGAUCAUCAGGCAAGACAGAGCUUGUAACCUCAAGAACAGUGGCUCCUGCUUCCUCCAAAAGUGUGAAUCCUGCAUGUUCGGGAAUGGCAGAUCCUGCAUCUAUGGGAAAUGCAGAAAUUUCGUCCUCUGCAAAAGAGAACCCUCAGUUUCCUAGAAAGAUGGACCCAGCCUCCUCAGGAGAGGAUGGGUCUGAGUCUGUGAGAAUUACAGAAACACUAUCUGCUAGACAGGUGGAUUGUGUGCUUUCAGGAAAGACAGGGCCCACAUCUGUGAAAAGUACAGGACCUCCAGGCUGGGUGGACCCAGUUUCCUUGGGAAAGGUGGAUCCCGUGUCCUCAGUGAAACCAGAACACUUGUCUUCUCAACAGGCAGAACAUGUGUCUGUGGGAAAGACAGAAGCCCUUUCCUCAGGAAAAGAGGACCCAGUGCCCUCUAUAAGGGUGGACCAUCCCACCACCAUGGGAGACAUAAAAACAUCUGCAAAAGUAAAUCCUGAGUCUUCAGCAAAAACAGACCCUGUGUCUUCAAGUCCAGGGGACCCCAGGUCUCUGGGGACAUGGGGAUCCCUGUCUGCAGCAAAAGCUGAUGCAGUGACUGAGGGGAAAGGAGGCACACAGUCUUUGGAGAAGGCAGGUCCCACAGCCUCAGAGAAGGCUGAUGCCCUAGCCUCAAGCAAAGUGGGUUCUGCGGGUAGAGGAAAAGCAGAAACUGCUGUCUUUGGAGAAGUGGACUCCAUGUCUUUAGGAAAAGUGGCCCCAACAACUUCAGGAAAAUCAGUCUUGGUAUCCCCAGGGAAAGUGGAUCUCAUGGCCUCUGGAAAAGCUGAAGGCAUUCCAUCUGUAAAGGUGGAUUCUCUGUCUCCAGAGAAGAAUAAUCCUGUGAACUCCACAAAGGUGGAAGCCAGGGCCUUAGGGAGUGCUGAGCCCAUGACUGGUGCAAAGGCAGAAACCCAGCCUCCUGGGCAGCAUGGUGCCACAUCCUCCGGAAAAGUGGAGGCACUGCCUUCUCAAAAGGAGCAGUCACAGGCCCCUGGGAAAGUGGAUCCCUCAGGAAAAGCCGACCCUCCUGCGCCUGGAGAGGUGGAGCCUGUGUUCCUGGGGAAGUCCGACUCUGCAUCUCCAUCUCCAAGAAAAACAGAGUCCCAGAUCUCAGGGAAGAUGGCCCCUCUGUCUCUGGAGAAGACCGGGUCCUCUUUCCGGCAAUCAGAUGGUAAACCGUGCAGCUCAGCCCUGUCUCCGGGGGAUGCCAGGAGCCGGGCCCUUACUGAGCCAGUGCACUCCGCCAGCACUGAGGUCUCCAGCCUCGGCCAGAAAGACUCGGCGGCCGCUGCGGCUCUGAAAAGUCCCGGCGCGGAGGUUGCAGCGCCAGGGCCACGGACUCGUGACAACUUCACCAAGGCACCGUCGUGGGACGCGGACGCUCCGCCGCCGCGCGAGGACGCGGGCACCCAGGCGGGCGCGCAGGCCUGCGUCUCGGUAGCAGUGAGCCCCAUGUCUCCGCAAGACGGUGCGGGAGGCCUGGCCUUCAGCUUCCAGGCGGCGCCACGGGCGCCCAGCCCCGCGCCCGGGCCGCCCUCGCGCCGGGACGCGGGCCUACAGGUAUCUCUGGGCGCAGCGGAGAUGCGCUCCGUGGCCACCGGGCCCAUGACGCCGCAAGCCGCCGCCCCGCCCGCCGCCCCGCCCGCCUUCCCCGAGGUGCGGGUGCGACCCGGCUCGGUCCUGGCGGCCGCCAUGGCACCCCAGGAGGCCGCGGAGCCGGUGCGCGACGUUAGCUGGGACGAGAAGGGCAUGACCUGGGAGGUGUACGGUGCAUCCAUGGAGGUGGAGGUGCUGGGCAUGGCUAUCCAGAAGCAUCUGGAGCGCCAGAUAGAGGAGCACGGCCGCCAAGGGGCGCCGGCGCCGCCACCCGCAGCCCGCGGGGGUCCCGGCCGGGCUGGCUCCGUGCGUGCGGCGCCGGCGGAUGGAGCCGCCAAGCGCCCACCAGGUCUGUUCCGCGCAUUACUGCAGAGUGUGCGCCGGCCGCGAUGCUGCUCACGGGCAGGACCCACCGCCGAGUGAUCUGUCCCCAUUUUGUAGGCCCGGGUUUUCAACCUUCUCAGGCUCCUUUCUUGACGCCAGGCCCCUAAAAGCCACCCCCACUCCCACCCCGAAAUGUGUCAGGCCUCCAAGGAGUGGGCAGUCUCUAGGGGCUUCUUUCCAGUCCUCUUUCCAAGCACUGAUGAACCUCCUCUACCCAAUCCCCUUGUGCCAUGAGCCCACAAACCCAGCCCUGACACCCCCGUGUCCUCACAGCCCUUUACUUCCUCGGGUAAUACCCUGAGCACAGGGACCUGCUCCCAUCCCUCCUCUCCCCUAGAGCUGAGACAGGCUCCUGAGGUGGCCAGAAUGGUGCUUUGAGGCCUCUGUUGGGGUCAGGUCGCCAGAACUGGAAAAAGACUGCAUGCACAUCUUUAAGUGUUUCUCCACAUGUGCCAGGAUUGGUGUUGAGACCACCAGAUUCAAAAGCUCCGAAUGGGAGGCCCAGGGCAGCCCGGGUGAGUCUCUAAACGGUGAGCAAUGAAUCGUCUCCACACACUGCCAGCCCGUGGCCAGGGCAACUCUUGCAUACUGUUGGUGAUCCUUCCCCAUUCCAGUCGCUUCCCACCUAGCCCAGGGCCCUAGCCCUAUCUCCUCUCCCACCCAGUCACCUUUCACAGUUCCCAUAAAGGCCAAAGGCUAGGAGUGUCCUGGGGCUCAGCUGAGAAGAGAGAGUCACAAAAAGGUCAGAGGGUCUCAGUCAGGACUGGAGGUCAUAGUCAGACUCAUGGAAGAUCUCAGGCUGCUGGCUGCCUGGGUGACAGCUGGUCUUGGGUGUUGGGGACAGGGUGGAGAGCUUAUUUGACACCCACAGUUGUCUUUUAAAAGUCUCCCCAACGCCCCCCUCCUUGUCCUCUUUGUGCUGUGAGUCCCUUGUAACCACUCAGUGCCCUGGUCCCCAUUCCCUCUAGCCUCAGUUUUUGGCUACAAACUGUCCCAGUACACAUUGGUAAUAAAAAACCUUUCCCCCAA